AUGGCACGAAUCACAAGAGAACGACCAUAUGAGGACGAGGCUAAUCCUACGCCCCGUCCGCUUCGGAAGCAUAGCCCGGGAAGGGGUGUCUCAUAUUCCAUCCUAACCCCACCACCGACAUACGAACAAGUCGAGAAGCUCGAUGCGUUGCCUGGCCCUCAGAGUACCUCAGUGAUACCACCUCCCUCGCAGACGAGCAUACUCUCCAAUCCAGACAUAGAUGUCACAGAAGCUCGGGACAAUCACCUCUCACAGAUCAGCUGUACCGACCCUUCAGGUCACUCGCCCAAACGUCAAUUUGGUAAAAUCGGAAUUAUAGCUGGGAUAGUAUUCUUCCCCUGGGGUUUAUUCUGGUGA